AUGCCUCGCUCAUCCCGUUCGGGGGUACCAUUCUCUUCUGCAAAACACUCCAAGUCCGCAACAGCAAAGAGUGCAACCAAGCCCACCCGAGGACAAGCUGUAGAUACCAAGUCACGCCCGUUACAGACUGCUGAUAACGACACGAAGUCUUCCAAGAAUGCUUCUAGGCGAAAACCACGCCCGGCACGGAACGAGCAAGAUCUGGAUGGUUUGAAUGUCUACGAUUACAUUCCUGCACCGGUCAAAAACUCGCGAACUUCGGGUUCUCGAUUCGAGCUUUCAAGAGAGGAAGCUCAAUUAGCUGGGAAUAAGCGACGAACUGGCGUCAAAUUGGAUGACGAUUCGGAUAAUGGCGGUAGCGAUGGAGACGAUGAUAUGGCGGGCCGCAUUCGGAGAGCGGCAUUGACUAUCGCAGGCGAGGAUCCUCUGGAACUAGAUGACGACGAUGACGAGGAAAUCGAUAGUGACGACGCCUGGAAUUCCGGAAGCGACGAGGAACGGUGGGGCAGCAGUUUCGCUAGCUGGAAGAAGAAAGAAAGCAAGAAGAUGCCGGUAGAACGGGCCGUUCAGCAGUCGGAAUCGGUCGAACAGCUUGACGUUGAUUUAAACGAGACCUCUGAUGAAGAGACUUCAGAAUUGAAGGGCGUAUCAGCCUUCGACGAGGAACCACUUGAUAGCGAAAGUGAAGAUAUGGCAUCAGAACCAGAGCUACCUUCGGAUAUCGAGACGGACGACGAGGACGAGCACGUGGGUUCAAAUCUGGGUGGAGGGUUGGUGGAUUUCGUCUCGACUUUGCCAUCAGCCAAGCGAAAAGCAGAGGACUCCGAGGUGGAAGAUUCAGUCAUUUCCACUGGUGGCGUUCCCGAAGAUGUGCCUGCUAAACGUCGUCGGGUACUGCCGAGUCGCCAAGGUCCUGGCGGGAGGGAAGACGCUGGAGAAUUCGGCGUUGGAUCAGCUGCCAAGCUGUCUCUUAUGUCGCUCAUCGGUUCCGAUCCGUCGCUCAAGUCGACCAUAGAGGGUCUUCUUCCCAAAUCCGACGCGAAGGAAAGCACAUCGACUCUAAAGAACGGGACACUUUCCGCUCCUCUACCUACGGUCGUUUUGGAUCGCUUGGCGCGUGAGGCCGCUUACGAGCAGACUACGCAAGAAGGUGCCAAAUGGGGUGCCGUCAUGAAGAGGAUCAAGGAAGCAGACCAACUCAAAUUUCCCCUGCAAGUGGGGGGCACGGCCGGACAAGGGUCUUCGAAGGAUCGGCAGCGAGGAGGAGUGAAAAGUGGUGGCGACCUUAUGGGGGAUUUUCAAGCUACCAACUCGUUGGAAUCAGCAGUCACAAAGCUCCUCGAGUCCGCUAACCUCAAAGACAAUCAGAUCGCUCAAGCUGAAAAAGAUGCUUUGGAAGGGCAAGAUGUUAGCGUCGAAGAGAUUGCCGCCCGGAGAGCUGAACUUCGUCGGCAACGGGAACUUCUCUUCCGGGAAGAGAGUCGUCGCAAGCGUAUCGCCAAGAUCAAAUCCAAGACCUAUCGCAAGUUAGCUCGUAAAAGGGCGGACAAGGCGGAAGGAGAAAUCGAUCUGGAUGAUUUGCGAGCUCUGGACCCCCAGAGAGCUGAAGAAGAACAAGAAAAGAUGGAGACCGCAAGGGCACGCGAGAGGGCUACUCUGAAGCACAGUGCUAAAGGGGGACGCUGGGCGCAAGGUCAGCACGGGGCAGGAGAGAUCGAGGGCAAACGUCAAGAGUUGGAGCACAUGCUAGCCCAAGGAGAAAGACUGCGUCGGAAAGUUCAAGGCAACGCGUCGGAAGGCAGCGAUAGUGAGAUCGAUAGCGAGGAGGACUUUGGAGGUGACGAAGACACCCGAGCACGUGCGUUUGAUGAGCUUGCCAGCCUUCGGCUCAAGCAGGCCGAGCUCGAUGACGCUGUUGCAUCUUCGAAACCUAGCGGUAUCUUUGCCAUGAAAUUCAUGCAAGACGCGGCGCGUCGAGAAAAGGUCUCGGUGGAUGAGGAAGAGCGCGAGCUGCGGAGACAGCUCGAAAGUUAUGAGGAUGCUGGCAUCGAGAGCGGGGGUGAGAGUGACGAAUCGGACAGCGGCAACGUUGCCCGCAUAGGCGGUCGACUAGUGUUGACUGGGACCGGGUUAUCCAGCCAACUUUCUCAACCGGAAAUCGCGGAUGAAGAUCGUGCUAGUUCCAAGACCCAGCAGAAGAGCCAUACCGUCCCUCAGCCUGUACACAGUCGGGAUGCCAACGCGGCUCAAAGCGCGGCAGUCGAUAAUAACCCUUGGGCAGAUAUCUCAGGCCAGCCGAGCUCGGGACUAUCACGCAAGAAGAACACGGUACUGGUCGGCAAAAGUUCGUCCGCCAAAGACCGAGCGCUCGACUCUCUUAACAAGCGCAAGUCGAGCAAGUCUGCCGAUGGCAAGCAGCGCGCCGUUGACGAUGCAGUCGUGGAUAUUGAUGCCAAUCACGUGGUAUCCAAGGCGAAUGUCCCGCUUGGUGGAGACAGUGACGUGGAGGAUGAGGACCCCGAGCACGCUUCGACAACGCGAGGACCGAGGGCUUUCGACCAGCGAGAUCUUGUCGCACAGGCCUUUGCCGGCGACAAUGUCAUCAAGGAGUUUGCGGCCGAAAAGAAGCGUGCCAACGAGAUGGAUGCGCCAAAGGAGAAGGAUAUGACCCUUGCCGGUUGGGGUUCAUGGGGAGGUAAAGGCGUCAAGAAGAACAAGAACGCGCGGAAAUUCAUCAAGAAAAUCGCUGGCGUCGAAACAGCCGAACGGAAAGACUAUGGCAAGAAGAAUGUCAUCAUCAGCGAGAAGAAGGCCAAGGCAGAGAAAUAUCUCUCAACCUCUCUUCCGUUCCCCUAUACAUCGCAAAGCCAAUACGAACAGGCCUUGUCGUCCAAUACCAUUGCGCCAGAGACGAGCACGAUGGGGAGCUUCCAACGAGGCAUCACCCCGCGCAUCAUCAAAAAGCCCGGCGCGAUCUUGCAGCCGCUCAAGAAGCUGCAUACUGCAGCGUCUUAGUCUCGCUACAUCAAUAUCUGU